CACUUUCACUGAUAAAGCCUUAUCAAUUGUCGUCAAAUGAAUUUCAUAGUUUUUGACGAUGCAUAUUCUUCUACUGGGAAUAAGUUUGCUACUUCACCUGUUACAAUUUGAUCACGUAUAUACUUUGCAUUGCUACACUUGCUCGAACAUUGAUGAUGUAAACGAUUGUCACACAGUAACAGAAUGCUUGACAGGCCAGGUCUGUUACCAAAGUAAACAUGAAACUGGACAAACAAGAACGUUAGGAUGUAUCGACAAAAUGAAAUGUGGUGUGAAUACAAGUGGUGUUGCCAGCUUAGUUGGGAGGGACGUCAAUGACAAGCAAAAUCAAUUCUGCCAAGAAUGCUGUAGCACAGAUAAAUGUAACAAAAAUCUUUGCAACUACCCAAAAACUAACACAUGUGUUGAUGACGAAAAAUUUGAUUGUGCAUUGCUACAUUCAGUAUUCAACACAUGCAUUGUUGAUGUUAGUCAUGCAAAGACAGUCUGUCCAAAAUAUUGCGGACUUUGUCCAGUUGAUGGGAACUGGGCUGCCUGGUCUUUGUGGUCAUCGUGUGACGUAACAUGCAGUAAUGGGACACAGUCACGAACAAGGACUUGCUCUAAUCCUACUCCAGUAAAUCACGGACUAAACUGUUCAGGAAAUGAUUCAGAAACAAGAAAAUGUUUCGAAAUAACUUGUCCAGUUAAUGGUGGAUGGACCACAUGGUCGAGUUGGGAAGCAUGCUCUGUAACAUGUGGCGUAGGAUUACAGAGGCGGCACCGUAAUUGCACAAAUCCCCUACCUGACAGAUUCGGACAUCAUUGUUUUGGAGAUUCUUUGGACGAUAAAAUAUGCUUACCGUCUCCAUGUACAGAUGGAGGCUGGACAAAUUGGGGUGAUUGGAGUGAAUGUACUCUGUCUUGCGGAACUGGGAUAAAGUCGAGAUCACGCAAUUGCACACAUCCUAGCCCUUCGCCAUUUGGAAAAUAUUGCGAGGGAGACCCUUUACAAACAGUAUCUUGUAACGUGAAAGUUUGUUUCCUUACAGUUGCAUUUAUGGCUCGAACUGUGCAAGACUACAGUCCCUCUGUUGGUGAUGUGAUGAUCUUUGGUACAACAAUGGCGAACGAAGGACAAGCUUACAAUAACUUAACAGGAAUCUUUACAGCUCCUGUUAAUGGAAUUUACUCAUUUAAUACCCAAUUUUGUUUACAUAACAAUAAGUUUUUGUACUUUGCUAUUACUCUGGAUGGUGCCCCCUUUGCAACGAGUCAGGUAUAUGAUACCACUGUCGAUAGGUGUAACUCCGUUAAUGGAUUAACAUAUCUUAGUGCUAAUGCAAAAGUCUGGGUAAAAUGCACGACAGUUACGGGCACCAAUGUCCUCUAUCAAGAUAAUGGUUUUCAUAUCAACUCCUUUUCUGGAUUUCUUAUCCAUUAAACGUUCAAUUGCAUAGUUAUAGAAAGUAGCAAACAUUAUCGCAAUAAAUACCUUAUACUACUGCAUUUCA